AUGCAGCCUGGCUACCGUCCUUACCCGCAGCAGCAGGUGCCGCCGCAGCGCACCCCCCAUUCGGCCGGACAGCGACGAGGAGGCAUUGGUCCCAUGAUGUCUUCCGGCCCUCAUCACCAAGUGCCCUUGACCCAGGCGCAAAUCGUACAGCAGCAACAAACUGCCGCCAUUCAGGUCGAGAUGGCGAAGCGUCGCAGUCGCAAACCCACCGACAAGAAUCUGCCCGACAACCUCGACGAUUGUACUGUUGGCGACAUGGCCUCGAGGUAUCGGGAGCUAAGGGAUUUUGAGAGAAGACUCGAUGCAACAAUGACGCGAAAACGGUUGGACAUUGUGGAUUCGGUCAACCGAAGCGUCAAGCGAUGGAAGACGCUUCGAAUUUGGAUCACCAACACGGCGGAAGACCAAGUCUGGCAAGGAAACGGUCUCAAUGUCGACACCUUCGACUUCAGCUCUAAUCUCGAGCCUACGUAUCACGUCAAGAUCGAAGGACGAUUGCUAGAUGACGACGACGAUCUAGACAAGGAUGAUGAAAGUGAAGAUACGAAGGCAAAAUCUGACGACCCCGAUCGUAUGGAGGAAGAUCCAAAACCGAAGGCGGCGAGUGCGCCUAAACAUAGAUUCUCGCACUUCUUCAAGGCGCUAAGCGUGGACUAUCCCGCCAACCGAAAAGGCAUCGAUCGGGAGGUAGAGUGGAAGAAACCGGAACGUACUGGCCCUUCGUCAAGCCUUCCUGCCGCUGCCGACUUCGACGAGCUCACGUUUAAGCGUAGCGGUGACGAGAACCUGAACAUCACGAUCAACCUCUACAGGCAUGAGGAGCCUGAGCGAUACGCCGUGAGUCAGGAUUUAGAGGAUAUCGUCGACUUAUCCGAAGCCACGCGGCAAGAGAUUGUUAUGGGUAUUUGGGAAUACAUUAAGUUGAUGGGCUUGCAAGAGGAUGAGGAAAAGAGGAAUUUCCGCUGUGAUGACCUCUUAAGAAAGGUGUUUGGUAUCGAAACUGGCAUGAUUCCCAAGUUACACGAAUACAUCACACCGCACCUGAAGCCGUUACCGCCUGUUAAGCUUCCUUAUACGAUCCGACUCGACGAGGAGUUCCAUAAGGAUCCUCAACCUACCGUGUAUGAUGUUCGCGUCGCCGUCGACGACCCAUUGCGCGAAAAGAUGCUCUCGUUCUUAAGUAACGCCGGUUAUGCCAACAUGCUGAAAGAGGCAGCAAAUCUUGACGAGCAGCUCGCGACGAUCAUCCAGGCGAUCCAUGUAUCCAAGGCUAAGCACGCCUUCCUGUCUUCUCUUAGUGAAGACCCCGCCACGUUUGUGAAGGACUGGCUAAGCUCGCAGAAGCGCGAUCUCGACGUGAUAAUGGGAGAGUCGAUGAGAGGCGUGGGCGAAGAUGCAACUGGGGACGAGUGGAGAAAGGGUGGGAAAGAUAGUAUCUGGUCCACCGUCAACGCUCGCGAAAGUGUCACGGUCAUGUUAUCGAAGCAGCCUAUUCAGAUGCAACGAUAG